GCAGCUGCUGACGGAGCUUGAGAGCAGCAGCUUGCCCCGGAGCAGAGUCCCAUUCUCGUCCCAUUCCGUGCCGUCCCGCAGUCCCGGACCUGCGCCGGUCCAUGCCUCCGCCCACCCACAUCCCACCCGCCUUCGGCUCUUCCCGCUCAAACACAGCUUCCUCUUUCCCGACAUCUGCCUCAUCCUCCACUCCGUCAGCACCCAGGCGGAGACGGCGCGUCGACUCGGACCCGGACCCCGACCGCGAGCGAGACUCGAGCCCCCCGCGCUUCGCCCCCGGCACCGACCACGCGACCGCCAGUCCGGACCGCAAACGCCCGCGCCCCGAGCACUACAUCUCCCCCUCCACUGUCACCCCGACAGCAGUAACACCCACAAUGUCCGCCAAAGUUCAGGGCAAACGCCUCGAGGUGAUCGACCUCACCAGCCCCGCCGGCAGCGCCGGCGCCGCUACCCCGCCCCACCACCGCCCCUCCUACGCUCACAGCAGCGAUCACAACAACAAUCACAACGGCCGGCCCCAACCCCAACGCCCAACCCUCCAACCACACCGGGGCUCCCGCAAGCUCGUCAUCAAGAACUUCCGCCUACCCUCCACCUCCACCUCCACCACAACAUCAACCACCUCAUCAGCAUCAUCCGUCGACAGCUACUACGAACGGGCGCACGCCGAGCUGGACAGCGCGCUGUCUUGCAUCUUCGCUGAAGCGCCGCCCGCCCAGCCCCUCGAGCGACUGUACCGCGACGUCGAGGACAUCUGCCGCAAGGGCGACGCGGCCGCGCUGACGGAGCGGCUGCGCGCGCGGUGCGAAGCAUGGCUGGGCGGCGAGAAGAUGCUGGGCGGCCUGUUCGGCGCGUACGACGCCGCCGUCGGCCGCGACGGCGCGAGCGACCGGGCGAAGGACGUGCUGCUGUGCGAGGUGGUCGACCGGUGGAGGCGGUGGAACAAGGUUGUCUUCGUGGUGAGGGGCGUGUAUAGCUACCUGGAUCGGGGCCACCUCCUGCUGCUGAGCGGCGGGGAGGGCGGCAGGGGCAAGCAGGGGAUCAACGAGAUGGCGAUUGCGCUGUUCAGGAAGGCCGUGUUUGGGUCGCUGAAGGGGACCGGCGCCGUCACGCCGCACGGCAAGGUCGUGCUCGAGGGGCUGUGUCGGCUGGUCGACUACGCCCGGCAGGGCAUCGUAGACCAGCCGACACCGGACGAGCGCGCGAACGAGGCGCUGCUAAAGGAUGCGAUCGGCAUGGUGAGGCUCUGCGGCGUCUACGGCAAGGCGUUCGAGCCCUUGUUCCUCGUCACCUCGCAUCGCUACUUUGAGCACUUCGCGGCCGACGUGAGCGCCGCGUACGGGCUCAAGGACUACAUCGGCGCCGUAGGCGCGCUGCUCGAGCGGGAGAGCGCCCGGUGCGACGGCUUCAAUUUUGAGAGUACCACCAAGCGGCAGCUGCUUGGCGAUGCCCACCACGUGCUCAUUGAGAAGUACUCGGAGAAGCUGCUCGACAGCGGCAGCGUCGCGCGACUGUUGGGAGCGCAGGAUGUCGAGUCCAUGGCCGCCCUCUACGAGCUGCUGAAGCUAUCCGGCCUGCAGAAGCGUCUCAAGGAGCCGUGGGAGCUCUACAUCCGCGAGACGGGCGCAGCCAUCGUGAGCGAUACCGAGCGUGGAGACGAUAUGGUCGUCCGCCUGCUGGAGCUGCGGCGCGCCCUGGACAUCAUGAUCCGGGAUGCCUUCUCCAAGGACGACGUGUUCUCGUACGGCUUGCGGGAGUCGUUUGGCCACUUCAUCAACGACAAGAAGAAGAUCUCGUCCUCGUGGAACACGGGCACGUCCAAGGUCGGCGAGAUGAUUGCAAAGUACAUCGACAUGCUCCUCCGCGGCGGCCUGAAGACGCUGCCCAAGUCGCUGCUGUCCGACAACAAGGACCGGGCGGAUGCCGAGAGCAGCGGCAUGGCGAGCACGGCCGACGAAGACGCCGAGCUGGACCGGCAGCUCGACCACGCCCUGGAGCUGUUCCGCUUCAUCGAAGGCAAGGACGUCUUCGAGGCCUUCUACAAGAAGGACCUGGCGAGGCGGCUGCUCCUCGGCCGGAGCGCCAGCCAAGACGCCGAGCGCAGCAUGCUCGCCAAGCUCAAGGUCGAGUGCGGAUCUAGCUUCACGCACAAUCUGGAGCAGAUGUUCAAGGACCAGGAGUUGGCCAAGGAGGAGAUGAGCUCGUACAAGGAGUGGCUCGCGGGCACCGGACGGAGCACCGGCGGGAUCGACCUGACGGUCAACAUCCUCUCGGCCGCAGCGUGGCCGACGUUCCCGGACGUGCGGGUCCUGCUCCCCAAGGAGGUGCUCGAGCAAAUCAACACCUUCGACACGUACUACAAGACCAAGCACACGGGCCGGCGGCUGACAUGGAAGCACAACAUGGCGCACUGCGUCAUCAAGGCGCAGUUCAACCGCGGGCCGAAGGAGCUCCUCGUCAGCGCGCCGCAGGCAGCCGUGCUCUUGCUCUUCAACGAAGUCGAAGAAGGCAACAGCAAGAACGAGGACGGCAAACCCGCCGGCGGCUGCGGAGUCCUCUCGUACGAGCAGAUCUCCCAGUCGACGGGCCUACAGGGCGGCGAGUUGGUGCGCACGCUGCAGUCGCUCGCGUGCGGCAAGGCGCGCGUGCUGACCAAGCACCCCAAGGGCCGCGAGGUGGCGCCGACAGACACGUUCACGGUCAACCACGCGUUCACGGACCCCAAGUUCCGCGUCAAGAUCAACCAGGUGCAGCUCAAGGAGACGCGCGAGGAGAACCGGGCGACGCACGAGCGCGUCGCCGCCGACCGCCAGUUCGAGACCCAGGCCGCCAUCGUCCGCAUCAUGAAGAGCCGCAAGACGCUCACGCACGCCCAGCUCGUCGCCGAGGUCAUCAACCAGACCAAAAGCCGCGGCGCGGUGGAUGCGGCGGAUAUCAAGGCCAAUAUUGAGAAGUGCGUUUUCUUUUUCUUUUUCUUUUCCUGUCCUCGGCUACGGGUGAUGCUAACGUGCGUUGUGUCAACAGGCUUAUCGACAAGGAUUACCUGGAGCGCGACGGCGGGUCGUACAACUACUUGGCGUAAGCCUGCUUACUACGUUGUGGUCGUUGGGGAGGGGGGGCGGCGCAGUUUUGUUGGCUUUGCAUGGGAUUCGGACCGGACUGAAGUCCCUCGACUACCUACCUACUACAUUCAGUGAGUGUUCAGAGCAAGGGGUAUACGGAUCAUAUGAGGGUAGUAGACGGCGCAGGGCAAGGGUUGCCAUCGCUGAUAGAGGCAGCUGUCUUCAGUGGAUGUGCAUCCACAAUGGUAUGGACGCGUUUUACGGUU